AUGUACUUCAUCGCUGUGGCGCUUUCAUUUGCACUUUGUGCAUCCCUGUUCCUUCUCUCCAUCCGGACGGGUGCACUGGUGGAGCAGAGCUGCUCCCGGAUCUCCUUCUUUCACCAUGUGGUGGCGGCUGUGCUGGGUGCCUGGGCACACUGGUGCUACCAGGACCAUCUCGAGGAGGCUGCCUUUGGCGCCAACGACAGGUUUCCUGUGGCCGUGCUCUUGCAGCACUUCAAUCUUGGAUACUUCCUCUACGACACGGUGCAUGUGGCUGUGUGGGAUCAGAAGUUCCUGGAACAUCACCUCAUCGCCAUGGCGGGCUAUGCCACCUCUGAGUUGGCGAACGUCUUCGGCUUGGCCAAUGCGGUGAACACCUGGAUCACUGAGGUGGGUUCAUUGAUGUAUUCUGCGUAUCUCAUCAAGAGGUCUGAUAGCUUGUACUUGGCGUUUGUCAUUUGUUACACAUUGAGCAGACUGUAUUUCGCAUACUGGAGCCUGGUGGUCUUGGGCCAGGUCUGGCAUGUUUUGAGGGAAGGGCCUGGCACCCUGGUCAUGCCUUUCUGGGCGCCUUACUGCGCAGCAAGCUUGCAAGUUCUGUUGUUUGGUGUCAAUGCCACCUUUGUUGCCACCCACUGGAAGAAACUGCUGAAGCGCUAUUCCUCCGGCAAGGCGGAGUGA